AUCAAGGAUCAGGGUGGCUGUUCAAACUGACUGUAAAUCAGUUACAAUAGAAAGUAAAGCUCUACAACUCCAUCACAAACCAUCAGCUGCCUGAAUAGUCAAGGAGCCACUGAGGAUGGAUGACAUCACACUAAAUAUCGCCAUCACUGGAGAAUCUGGGGCUGGUAAAUCCAGCUUUGUAAAUGCCUUCAGAGGCAUCAGUGACGAAGGUGAGGGAGCUGCUCCGACCGGCAUUGUAGAAACCACCUCAGAGGUCACACCGUACCCCCAUCCAGAGUAUCGUAAUGUUACUUUAUGGGAUCUUCCUGGAAUCAACACCACCAAGUUUCCAGCUGAUAAGUACCUGAAGCUUGUUGGAUUUGAGAAGUUUGACUUCUUCAUCAUCGUCUCAGCUGUUCGGUUCAAAGAGAAUGACGUGAAACUCGCUCAGGAGAUUCAGAAGAUGAAGAAAAAGUUCUACUUCGUUCGCUCAAAGAUUGACAACGAUAUAAAUGCUGAGAGAAGAAAGAGAGACUUCAGUGAAGAGAGAACUCUGACAAAAAUCAGAGAUGACUGCAUUCAAGGUUGGUCAACCAACCAGCUGGCAAACAGCAGAGUACAACCAACUCUGUCAAGGUUGGAGCUCUCUGCUAGUUUCUGCUGUCACUAG